AUGGCGGGGAUCCUGGAAGAUGAUCCCAUUUGCGUCUCCCUUCAGGUCGCCUUUCUCGACGAUGAGCCGGAAUUUGAAGCCAUUUCCUAUGUCUGGGGUGACCCGACCUCAAGGGAAAAUAUCUACUGCGAUGAUGUCUGCAUCAGCGUCACGGCGAACCUCCACGCUGCUCUUCACAACUUCAGGCUCGAAGAUAAACCUCGCAGGCUGUGGGCAGACGCUUUAUGCAUCAAUCAAGAGGAUUUGGAUGAGAAAUCAUUCCACGUGCAGAUGAUGCACACUGUAUAUCAAUCCUGCGUUAGGUGCCUGGUCUGGCUCGGCGCUCCCGACGCGCAUUCUGACACUGCGCUGGCCUUGGUUCAGGCAAUCACUCGACUCUACGCCCAGCAUCUGGGCAUCGCGGUUGAUCAGGCCGACCGUCAUCUGGACCAACAUGGAAGAGAUCCCAUGCUGGCUCAGAAAAUCGGCUUUGAUGGCCUACCACCCAAAGACUCGGAGCAAUGGAGCUCGCUAUUCCAGUUCCUUUGCCGGCCAUGGUUCUCUCGCGUGUGGGUCAUCCAAGAAGCCUACUUCUCCGGAGAUGUCCUCUUUUUCUGCGGGAACAGAACGACGACAUAUGCACCACUUUACUUCGCUGCGGACUGGGGUCUCGUAAACCGGACAAGGGUGGGUUACAAUAAAACCUACGAUCCAGCCGAUUACUCCAGUUCCAUGUGCUUCAACGUCAUGAAGAUGAGGCCCGACAAGUGGACCCGCGAGAACCAGUCGCUUGACAGUCUUCUCGACGGAUGCAAAAGGUUCGGCGCUACAAACCUCCGUGACAAGGUGUAUGCCUUGAUGCAUCUCCCCGCAUUCAAGAGAGAGUAUCCCGAUAUCCAGCCAAAUUACCGAGUCUCGGUUGAGGAAGCGUAUGUCGAUGUGACCAUGGCAUCGAUCCGCCGAAAUAAAGACCUCGUUAUUCUUACGCGUGUUGAUCGAGAAUUAGGAGACCAGACCCCAGCUCUUCAACUGCCUUCCUGGGUGCCCCGGUGGAAUAGAGGUGACGAGACGAGCAGCGCAUCAACGACAUGGUACAAUUUUUAUACUGCAGGGAAGACUAAGCCGUCUGCAGAGGCUUCUUCGUCACCGUUUUGUGCUGAACUUCUCUCCAGGCACAGGCUGCAGGUAGCGGGGUUCGAGUUCGACAGAGUGGAAGAUGUCGCCGAGUUGACUUUUUUCCGCGGUUAUAAUGCUAUUCCCCCAGCCAAGCCACACUUCUCUCCUUUGCGACCAUGGAAACGAUACGAUCCUAGUUCAGAAACGGGGCCAUAUGCUACUGCACCGGCCAUCAUUGACGCCUACGCCAUGACAAUGACGGCCAUGUGUCGCGAGUUUGAAGGAUUCUACGCUCUCCACUGCGCACCGGAAAAUGAAGGCCACCACAGGUCCGACUUCGUGGCCUGGCUACAAUGGCUGCGACGCCCGGACGUGGAGGAGUAUUUGCGCGAAGGGGACAGUCACCAUCCUCCAGGCCUUUACUCCGACGAAAGGCCGUUCUUAGAUGACACAACGGAGGAAGAGCUGGAAGUGUUCUACACGAGGUACAACAGGAUGGUGAGGAUGUACAAUCUAGGGCGGAGAUUGAUAAGAACUCGCAGUGGGUACUUGGGGACUGGUUCGCAUGAGCCGCAGAUGGGAGAUCUCAUCUGCAUUUUCUUUGGGAGUGCGGUUCCGUUCAUCUUACGGCCGAGAGAGGACGGCGAUGGGUUUAUCUUGGUGGGGGAUGCUUACGUUCAUGGCAUCAUGAAUGGUGAAGCCUUGGAUGCGCUGGACAAUGACUCAUUUACGAAGAGGAACUUCAUCCUUCACUGA